AGAAUGUGUCUCAUCUGGAGAGCUUGGAUCCUGCGGACCUUUCCCCUGAUUUCCAGGAGGUCACACAACGUUUCUGCAAGUUUGUCUUUGACAAGAGUGAAGUGAAGAAGCUGAAGGACGGAUACACCAUCACUGGCAGAGUCCUGGGUCAGUUUGCGAAGACAUAUGUAGACAUGAUUUCCAGCGGUGAAGUUCCAUUUCUGGAGAAUGCAGUCAUGGCCAUGGCACUGAUUGAGAAUGCGGCCGCGGUGAAGGAGGGGCUUGAGGUGUACCAGAGUGGAAUGGAGAAGCUGAAGACGUCCUUCCCCCUGGAACUGAAGGAAGCAUCAUCAGAGCAUCAGUGUCUCAGCAGGACUGCAACACAGGCCCUAAUGAAGCGUUCCUUCAAGGACAGUGAGGGGACAUACCUGAAAUCUCUAGAGGAAGGCAUUAAUAAACUCUUUCAUGGAUACUUGUGUCAAAAUGAGGAGGCUUCAAGGAAAAGAUGUGAGAAUAUUCUGUCAUCCCUCUCUGGAACAAUGACAGAGAAGCUGAAGAAAGGAUCCUAUGCCAUACCUGGUGGUUAUGUUCUCUUCUCCCAGGACCUUGAAGACAUUGUGAAGAAAUAUAAAAUCCAAGCCAAUAAAGGAGUCAAGGUAGAAGACACACUUGAAGAGUUUCUGAAGCAGAAGUCGGUGGAGUCUAAUGCAAUUCUGCAGGCUGACAAUAAACUGACGGAGAAGGAGAAAAAAAUUAUGGAGGAAAGAGAGAAGGCCGUUCUCCUGGCUCAAGAAAUAAACACCAAGGAACAGAAGCAGCGGCAGCUAGAAGAGAAGAUGGAAGCAGAGAGAAGGAGUAAUGAAGAGAGGAUGAAACAGAUGAGGGAGAAGAUGGAUGAGGAGAUGCGGCUUCAGAGAGAAGAGGCUGAGCGUGCCAUGGACAGCAAACUGAGGGAGCAGGCCGCUCUGCUGGAUAAGGGCUUUCAGGAGAAGGCUGACAGGAUGUCUGUAGAGAUGGAGGACUUCAGGAGGAAGAAUAAAAAUGCAGAGAAGGAAAGUCACAAACUGUUUGAAAAGAUGAUAACAAACAUGAACAAAAGACACACUGAGAAUAUGAAUCUGAUGAAGAGGCAACACAGCGAGCAGAUGGAGGCAAUCAUGAGCAUGCCGAAGCCCUCGUCUGACUCCUCCGCUCUGGUCUUGCGUCUGCUACUCAUUGGUCUCAGCAGCAUUACCGGUGGCUCACGUCCCUGUUAA